AAAAUUUUGGGUUUAGAAAAUCUUGAGGUUCCAAAGAUUUUAGAGGGUGAAAUUUAGAAUAUUAAUAUGAAUAAAUUCUUGUCAUUUUAUGGAAUAGUUAGAAAAUUAUUAAUAUUGUAAUUAAUAUUACAAAAUUUUAAAAUUCAAUUCAUAAUAUAUUAAAAUGAUGCAUCAAAUUGUAAAUAAUUAAGAUUUAGAAGGAAUAGUAAUUAAUAUUUUGUAUAUUAAAAUUUUGAGUCCAGAAAAUUUUAGUGUCCAUUUAAUAUUCUUCUUCAUAGUGGACAAUUUUUAAUAUAUUAGUGCAUUAAUAUUUUCUUCAAUUGGAUUGUCCAAUCAUAUUGGAUAUCCAUUAUCAAAACCAACAAUUAGUUUAAUGAAUGUGAGUUAUAAAACAAUCGGCGAUUUGAUAUGCGGCACGCUUACCGCACAGAAAGGGAAGAGCAAUAUUUGAUGAUGGGAAUCAUGUGGGAAAAUUUGAUUAUAUAGAAAUACACGCGCUGGCACACCGCAUGAAUGAGCCACGCACGACAAGGACGGCACCAUCGGGGUGAGUUCCGGACCGGAGCAAGAGGGUUGAACUGUCGCGUGUAGUAGAUACGUCCGGGUGGGGGUAAAUGGUGGGGGUAAAAACGUGGCCGAACGACGUCGGGACCAACGUCUGAUCAACAGGGCACAACACAUUCAAAGUUCUUGCAUUCGCCGGAACACGCGUCCUCGUCUAUCUGACAACCGUCCGACACGCGUGUACUUCCGAUACUUUACUUAGCCACAAGUGUCUUAGUGAGUGACGGUGACCAUGGACCACACUCUGUCGCAGAACACACCUCUGCACUGGGGAUACUCCGGCACCAACCCCGGAUCUUCAUGGCAACCGGUUACGAGGAGUGCUAAAAGACCUCUGUCUGAAAGUGAUGAUUGUGACGAUGUGUUCUCCGAGGAGUCUUCCAAAGAACAGUGUACUUCACCGGGAGAUGCUGAUAGUUGUCAAAUGCUGUCAAGGAAGAAACGACGUGGUGUUAUCGAGAAGAAGCGAAGGGACCGCAUCAACAUGUCUCUAUCUGAGCUCAAACGACUUGUUCCCAGUGCCUUCGAGAAGCAAGGCUCAGCCAAACUGGAAAAGGCUGAAAUACUGCAGAUGACCGUUGACCACCUCAAAAUGAUACAUGCCAAAGGUUUGGACUCCUUCGCCUACGACCCACACAAGUACGCCAUGGACUACCACGGCAUGGGUUUCAGGGAGUGCGUGGCCGAGGUGGCCCGCUACUUGGAGAGGAUCGAAGGACUGGACGUGCAGAACCCGCUGAGGCUGCGUCUGACCAGUCACCUGCAAUGCUGUGCGGCCCAGAGGGAGCUGGCCUCCAAACAGGCCACCACGUCAGCGUGGGGCUACGGCGCCCCCCAAAACUAUCCGCCCCUGAACACGCUGCCACCGUCGCCGGCGGCAAAUCACACCUCGAUCGGUAAUCUGAACCAUCAACCGCCACCCCCGCCGCCGCUCCACCACCAGAACAUGCACGACUUGGGGCACUUCGACGUGUCGACGUCCUGUGCCCAGACGACGGUGCCGGUGCCCAGUUCGGACACGAGCCGGCUGCCACCCUCGUCGUCGACGCUGACGCCGCUGACGCCUCUCACCACCACCGCCGCCUCGUCCGCCCUGGCGUACAGCACGCACCAAUAUCCGGUGAACAGUUUUUCGUUGCCCACGUCGAAUCACCAUCACCAGAAUUACAGUCAAAGCGUGCCCACGUCGCAGGGCAUGAAGCCUUACAGGCCUUGGGGUGCUGAAGUGGCCUAUUAACGGACGGGUUAGAGUGAAUAGUGCCUCCUGUGCCUAGUUCUCAGUGACAGAUAAACUUCCAAAGAGACUAUCGCUUGCCAUUUGAUUUUUGUUUUUGUACAUUUUUGUUUAUUUUUUUGUUAUUGAUGCUUUACACGCAAUGUGGAGGUUUUAGUCAGUUUUUGUACCUAAUUUGAUUUAUAUUUAUUUUGUAGAUUUUAGACAUUUUCAAAGUAUUUAAGAGCCCCGCAAGGCUUAUUUUUGUAAUAUAUUUAUUAUAUGAUCUCACUGAUGUGGAAAAAUAUGUGAUUUUAUAAAUAAUUUAAGCAAUAAAGAGA